UUUGAAAGUAUAUUAACGAAUCAAAAAAUUGCUUUUAUUAUUACCAUAAUCCACUGCAGCCUCUUCAUGGCGUAAUGCGGAAGAUACUCCAUACGAGGCAAGUCAUUCUGCAAAGAUCACCUUCUGUAAAUAAGUGUUGAGGUUUUGCGGCCAAUGCAGUGUCUGGUUCAAAGAAAUAUCAUCUAGGUUUAUCUUAAAGAGGGAUGGCAGCUCUAGAAGCAAAGUUUUGUGGUAUGCUUAGUGGGUAUGUUGCACUGGUGACUGGUGCAUCAAGAGGGAUUGGAAAAGGCAUUGCCAAAAUGUUAUGUGAAGCUGGGGCAACAGUUUACAUUACAGGUAGGAGAAUGGAAGGUGGUGAUUUUCCGUUAUGUGAUGCAGCUCAGGAUAUAGAGAACAGAGGUGGUAAUUGUGUUCCAGUGGAGUGUGAUCACUCAAAUGAUCAGGAUGUUGAGAAACUUUUCACAAAAAUCGAGAAGGAACAAGACGGACGGCUAGAUAUUCUUGUAAACAAUGCAUUCGCUGGUGUUAAUUUUAUUAUGAAACAGAUGGGGAAAAAAUUCUACGAGCAGCCCAUUGAAGCUUGGGAUAUAAUAAACAACGUCGGGACAAGGUCCAAUUACAUUGCCGCUCACCAUGCAGCAAACAUGAUGGUGAAGAGAAAUUCAGGUUUGAUAGUCAACAUAUCGUCCCCUGGGGGACUUCGGUAUCUGUUCAAUUUGGCAUAUGGUGUCGGCAAAGAAGCUAAUGACAGAAUGGCUGUUGAUAUGGCAAUAGAGCUACGCAAGAAGAAUGUGUGUGUGGUCUCGAUGUGGCCUGGAGCAGUGAUUACAGAACUUGUUGAUGAACAGAUUAACAAUGGAACCAAGUUAUCUACCGCCUUCAGCAACCCACAAGAUUCAACACUCACUGGAAAAGUGAUUGUUGGAUUAGCUUCAGAUAAGAACAAGAUGUCAAAAAGUGGGAAAGUUGUCAUCGUUGCUGAGCUGGCAAAUGAGUAUGGGUUAAAAGAUGUUGGAGAUUCAACUCCAUUGUCUGUGCGUCAAUUGAAGUAUCUAACCGGAAUGUACUAUCCUGGCUACGAAUGGCUGGUACCAUCUUUCCUGUAUGUGCCAAAGUGGCUAUUCUCUUUCGGAGGUCACAAAUUGUAGAGCUUCCCAAAUAAAGAAGAACCUUCCACUGCUAUGAAUUUAUAAGAAAAAUUGUUUCGCAAAUAUUGUCAUAGGUUUGUAUACACUACAUAGAAAUCUUUAUAAUAUAAAAGUACACUUAAAAAGUAGAAUCAGAAUUAAAAUGAUAAUUUGUAAUGAAUUCUUUACAAGCAAA